AACCCUUCGACAUAGUCGCCUCAAAUGGCUUCAUCAACACCCAAAACACAAAAGAGGCUUUUAGAUUUUCUAAAUGAAAAUCAAGAACCUUUCAUCCUAGAGGCAUACCUUUCAGAAAGAGAAUAUUAUUCAAAAAGGUGGAUCUUAAGAGGAGAUUCAAGCAACAGUUCAAAGAAACCACCCACUUCUUGCUUAAACAAAAAGAAAAAGGCUCAUUUUCCAUUUUGCAAAGUUCUAAAAGCUCUAUGUAACAAGCUUGCUUUCCACAGAGAAAGCAAAAAUGUUCUUACCAAGGUUAAUGACCAAAGAAAUAAACAUGCAUGUGUCCCUCAACCCAACUGGGUCAAUCAUAUUCUUCAGUUUUCAUCAGCUAGCAACUCUACUAUGUUCAAUUCAUGCUCAAAUAUUGAUGAAGAGGGAACUUCCAUAGUGUCUCAUAAAGAUCAACAUUUGGUUUACUCUCACACUUUAUGCAAUAUGGGACUACAGAGAAACAGUAGAAGAAAGCGGCAGAGAAGCAUAAAGGGUAGCCCUAAAGCACUGGGAAAGAUACCUCUACGCAGAGUUCCAAAUGUGAACGAGAAUGUUGGGGUAAUGCAACAGAGAAUAAAGAGUUGUGGGGUUAUUCUGCCGAAGAAAAUCACAGAGGAAUCACUGUUAUCAGCAGCUAUAUGGAGUAGUUUACUUGGUCAGUCAAUGAAGAAAGGGAGGACUAAAGAGUUAAAAGAGCUUAUUCCUGGGACUAAUGAUGUUUCCCAGAUAUUGAAAUCUAAAAGGGUAUUGCAUAGGAUAAAGAAGAUGCUGUUUGAUUGUGUGAAAGAUAUUGCGAUAACCCUUCCAAAAGAAGGCGACAGAAAAAAAGGAUACACACAAUUCAUGGGGCCUCUUGACCUUGGAAGGCUCGUUCGUCGACGACCGGGAGAUGGAGCAAACCUUACCUACUUAUUCACGGUGGAUUACUUGAAUUCAAUCAUGGAUUGGAGUAAUUUCGAACCACAUGUGAAGGACAUUAGCGCUGAGAUCACCGAUGCAAUUUUAGAUAACAUCAAUAGUGAAAUUGUAUUAGAAAUGAUUGGAACACUGACCCCAAAUAUAUAA